AUCAUUGUUGGUAAGAAGAAUGGAUGUCUGCUGUUGUGUGUGUGCAGGUGGACACCCCCCCUCUGUGUCCGUACCCCACCCUGAGGAAAGGCUCCCCAAGACGGAUGCUUCUGUCCAGCAAACACUCCAUCUACAUCUCCCCCCACAAGGCCGGCUCGACCCCGACACCCCCGGGGGCCCGAGACAACCUCUACUACUACAUCUGCAGCAGCCCCCCCAACCGUCUGCAGGAGAUCAACAGUCUGAUCCGGACCGGAGAGACCAGGACCAGGAAACGCAGCCUCGCUCUGGACGAGGAGACGUCGCCCAAGAGGGGUUGUCCUGACAACCACUCGGCUCUGAUCCGCCGCCUGCAGGACGUCGCCAACGAUCGCAGCUCCUCACACUGAGAACACACACACACACACACACACCACACACACCACACACACACACGGGGGGGGGGGGGUAAGUAGUGUAAAUUUCAUCAGACGCGACUAAAAAUAAAUUAAUUUAAUUAUUCGAUCAUGACGUGUAAUUAUAUGACUUGUUUUAUGUGUAUUAUGUACUAUGACUAACUAGUUGUAACCAGUAGUGUGUUUUAUUGAACCAAAAACAAU